ACUGAGGAGGGUAUAUAAUGGGGGAGAAUUGGAGGCCUUUCUACCUCGCCAGAGCUCCGAGUUGAGGACAGAAGCAUCAAUCGCCCGCCAUGCUCUCCGCGCUGCGUACCGUCCGAACGCCCGCCAGACGCACCGUCACGCAGCUCCGCACCGCAGCCACGCAGGCCCAAAAGCGAGCAGGCGACAUCUCAGACGCGUUCGUCUCGCUAUCCGGCCAGAACUUUGCGCCUCUCCCCCCGGAGUAUGCGGACCUCAAAGGUCGCCUGAUCAAAGGACGCGAAGACGCGGUUCGCGAAUCUUGGGAACGUCUACUUCGGCAUCUACGGGAAGAGAUUCCGCUCAUCGUUGAGCUUGGGUCUAAGGUCAUUCCUGAGGUUGACUACAAGGACAUCGACAAUGCGCCCGAGACGUUCAGCAAGGAGCUGCGGAAGAGGGGCGUAGCCGUGGUGAGAGGAGUGGUGCCGGAGCAGGAGGCGCUGCAAUGGAAAGAAGAACUCAGGGAAUACAUACGGCAGAAUCCACAGACAAAAGCUUUCCCUCCUGAAAAUCCUCAAGUCUUCGAACUCUACUGGUCACGCAUCCAGCUCCUCGCCCGCGGACACCCCAACAUGCUCAAAGCCCACCGUUUCUUAAUGUCUUACUGGCAUAGCAAGGAUCCCUCUAUGCCCAUCUCGACCCGCCACCCUAUAAGCUACGCGGACCGACUACGAAUGCGCCUUCCGGGCGACUCGAGGUUCGCAUUGGGACCACACGUCGACGGCGGAAGCGUCGAGCGCUGGGACGAGAAGGGUUACGGGCUCGGCAAGGUAUACGAUUCGGUAUGGCAAGGCAAAUGGGAAGACUUUGAUCCCUGGGAGUCAAGCUGCCGAUUGCCCGUCGUGUCCGAUCUACAUCAAGGCGUGGGCGCAUGCAGCGCAUUCCGAAUGUUCCAGGGCUGGCUGUCGCUGUCCACCACCGGACCCUUCCAAGGCACACUCCUAGUGAAUCCUCUUCUCGCGAAGGCGACAGCAUACUACCUCCUUCGGCCCUAUUUCUCUCCCAAGCGCGGCAUUGAGCCGGGAGCCCAAACAGCAUCCGAAGCCGUCUCCAACUCGGCAGACUUUCUGGCAUCAGAUAAUUGGGAAAUGGACACGACGCCAUCAUCAUGGAUUCAAGGCGCCACGCCGGGCCACGGGCAAGAGCUCUCCCACCUCCUACAUCCACAUCUCAAUCUUAACCAAUCGAUGAUCCACAUGCCGACCGUCAAGCCAGGUGAUUAUGUAGCAUGGCACUGCGACACGAUCCACUCAGUCGACAAGACGCACGCCGGCAAGUCCGACUCCAGCGUCCUGUACAUCCCAGCAUGCCCGCUCACGGAAGACAACGCACGCUAUCUAGCGCGGCAGCGCGAGAAGUUCGUCAACGGAAUACCGAGUCCGGACUUCGGCGGCGGCAUCGGUGAGGCGGAGCACAUAGGACGGAUCAGGGCGGAAGAUAUGGGAGCCUUGGUAGGCGAUGAAGGGUGCAGGGCUAUGGGGCUGAAGGAAUGGGAUAGUGAUGCGGAGGGGCUAAGUCCAGGGGAGAGAGAGGUCUUAGAUAGGGCGAAUAAGAUUCUAGGCUUUUACGAUUAGGGAAGCGAGGCUUGCCGCGGCGAAUGGAGCCUGGAUGGCACGCAGCUUGGACGGGGAAAAUGUUUGCGUCUGGAGCGCUCUCUUCUACGACCUCGUUUACUUGAUAUGUUGCAUUGUAUAAAUGCAACUCUGUCAUUACCACACAUUUUCAGAUGAGCCAAC